GUCUCGAUCACCUCCGGUUUCGUGGGUUUCUAGUGUUUUGGAGUUUUUAUAAAGGCUCUUGCUCUACAGGGGGGGUACCUUAGGGGGGGGGGGUACCUUGUAAGACUCUGUGAUGCUCUCGGUUCUUAGCUUCCGAUGUGCUUUCGUCAUCUGUGUCUAGCUUUCUCUUAACUCGAGCAGUUUCUAUAGAAUUCGUUUUGAGAAACUUUCUAUUCGCGUGGUGCUACUUGAUUGACCUGUUGGAGGUUUACACAGAAAUCCACCUCCGAGUGUUGGAUCAAUUAGUAGCUGAAACAAAUUAAUCUAUGAAAUUUUUGGGAUUUCCACGUCCAGUUCGGAGGUUUUAACGGUUGGGAGAAUAUAGCUGUGAGGAGUCGAUUGCUUUUCAAGCUCAUUACAAACUAAACAUCAUGGAUGACUGGGAUAAUGAGGAUUUUGAGCCACUGCCCGUGGAGUUGGCGAAGGAGGUGCCAAAAGCCCAGUGGGGUGAUGAAGACGUCGAAGAGGUAAAGACAAACUGCAAGGUCGUGGAAAAGCCUAGAACGGAAUCCCCUUCCGAGCUAAAGCCAGAGAAGAAAAGGAACAAGGCCAAUAAUGUAACAUCUAAGGACGAGCCAUUUUCAGAUCCUCUAACUGAGAAACUACGGCAACGAAGGUUGGUCGAAAAAGCUGACAACAGAAAUGUCGCCGCUUUGUCUCCAGGACAUGAAUCGAAAGAGGGAAACACCCUGGAAGACUUUAUCCCCAAGUCUUCGAAUGACUUUCUUACAUAUGCUGAUCUAGUGCUUGACAAGAUCAGACCCUUUGAGAAAAGUUUUCAUUACAUGACCCUUUUGAAGGCAUUAGUGCGACACUCUGUUAAAAAUCUAACGGCUACUCAUACUAAGGAACUUGCCUCAAGCAUAGCAGUGAUUGCGAAUGAAAAGUUGAGGGAUGCCGAAGCUGGAAGAAAGCAGAAAGGGCCAAAGAAGAAGCAGCUACUCGUUGACAAGCCCGACGAAGAUAGUUAUUCUCCUGAUGCGUAUGAUGACAUAUAUGAUCGAGAUUACAUGUAAUAAGAAUAGCUAGAAUUGUUUCUACAUGUUGAAUACUUCUACAAUAUGUUAACAAUAGCGACAAUCUUUCGAGAACGCUUUGACGCAAA